CCCUGUCCUGCUGGCUAUCAGAAGAAAAAGAAAGAAGGGCAGAAAUUUUGCUGCUAUGAUUGUGAUCCAUGUUCUGAUGGGAAGAUGUCAAACAUGUCAGAGCCAUUUUAAAGCUUUAUCAGCAUUCCCUGACUUUGGCAUUUGCAGUGAAACAAAUCAACGCAAACCCAACAUUCUUGUCUAACGUUACCCUGGGAUUUUUCAUCUCUGACAACUAUUUUGAUGCCCGGCUGACUUAUCGUUCCACUUUGGAACUGCUCUUCCGAUCUGAUCACUUGGUUGUCAACUACAGAUGUGAUAUCAAGGAGAAUCUUGUUGUGGCCAUUAUUGGGGGAUUUGGUGCUGAUAUCUCAUUCUUCAUGUCAGAUAUCAUAAGUCUUUAUAAAAUCCCACAGCUUAACUGGUUCCUUCAAGGCCUUUCAUUCAAUAAUUCACUUGAAGAAACUGUGUCUAUCAACCACCAUGGAGAAGUGCUUUCUGGAUUUGAUAUUACAAAUGUGGUCAUGUUUCCAAACAACUCCUAUCGUAAAGUGAAAAUUGGAAAGAUGGAUCCCAAAGCACUUGAAGGGAAUGAAUUUGUGAUUCGGGAACAUUUAAUUGUGUGGCCCAAAUAUUUUCAGAGGGUCUUGCCCCGUUCAGUGUGUAAUAAUCCCUGUCCUGCUGGCUAUCAGAAGAAGAAAAAAGAAGGGCAGAAAUUUUGUUGUUAUGAUUGCGAUCCAUGUUCUGUUGGAAAAAUGUCAAACAUGCCAGACAUAAUUGCUUGUUCUGAAUGUCCAGAAGAUCAAUAUCCGAGUAAGGACAAGGUUCAAUGCAUCCCCAAAAUCAUAACUUUCCUAAGUUUUAAAGAACCUUUAGGGAUCAGUUUAGUUGUGGUUGCUGUUUUAUUUUCAAUUAUUGCUAUAUACAUACUUGGAAUAUUUAUUACAUAUAAAGAUACCCCUAUUGUUAAAGCUAACAACAAGGAUCUCACCUACACGCUUCUCAUCUCCCUUCUGCUUUGCUUCCUCUGCUCUUUUCUUUUCAUUGGAAAACCUCUCAAACUGAUUUGCUUCCUCCGACAAUCCGUGUUUGGCAUUAUCUUCUCUGUGGCCAUUUCUUCUGUGAUGGCUAAAACUAUCAUGGUCAUUGUAGCAUUCAUGGCCACCAAACCAGGGUCUGGCAUGAGAAAAUGGUUGGGGAAAAGAUUGUCCUUCUUAAUUGUUUUUUCUGGCUCCUUCAUUCAAGCAGGCAUUUGUCUGGCAUGGAUGAUCACCUCUCCCCCCUUUCCAGAACAUAAUAUGAAAUCAAUGACUAAAGAGAUCCUAGCAGAAUGUAAUGAAGGGUCUGUUGUGAUGUUUUAUCUUGUCUUGGGCUAUAUGGGGUUUCUGUCUCUGGUCAGCUUCAUGGUGGCUUUUCUAGCUAGGAACCUGCCAGACACAUUCAAUGAAGCCAAGUUUAUCACUUUUAGCAUGCUGAUGUUUUGUAGUGUUUGGUUAAGUUUUGUUCCCACUUAUUUGAGCACCAAAGGAAAGUAUAUGGUAGCUGUGGAGAUCUUCUCCAUCUUAGCUUCCAGUGCUGGGUUAUUGGGAAGUAUCUUUUUCCCCAAAUGCUACAUUAUUUUGCUGAGGCCUGAGCUGAAUAGCAAAGAGCAAUUUGUAAAGAAAAAGCAUUUCUGACUAUUAAAUCAUGGCUACAUGUAUUUCCAGUAUAAAAUAGAAUUAGUAAUCCUCUUCUAAGAGUAUAAACAGAGUUUGCGUUUUAACACUGCCAACUUUUCCAACACUGUACAUUCUU